AUGGAUUCAAAAGAGAAAUUGAAAGAAACCGAGAGAUGCUUAGAUUCUCAGUUAUGGCAUGCUUGCGCCGGAAGCAUGAUUCAAAUGCCGGCGGUGAACUCGAAAGUGUUUUAUUUUCCUCAAGGCCACGCCGAGCAUGCCACCGGAAAUGUCGAAUUCCGGGAGAGAAACAGUCAGUCGAGGGUUCCGGCGUGGAUCCCAUGUCGAGUUUCUUCUGUUAAAUUCAUGGCGGAUGUGGAUACCGAUGAAGUUUAUGCAAAAAUCAGGUUGAUUCCGGUGAGCGGUUCCGGCGAAUUCAGUUCUUUUGAUGAUGAAGAUACGAGUUCUCAGAACGGCGGAGGAUCAUCGGAGGGCCAAGUUAAACCGUCGUCGUUUGCAAAGACAUUGACACAAUCCGACGCCAAUAACGGCGGCGGGUUUUCCGUUCCAAGGUAUUGCGCCGAAACGAUAUUCCCACGGUUAGAUUACUCAGCGGACCCACCGGUGCAAACCAUUCUCGCUAAAGAUGUUCACGGCGACACAUGGAAAUUCCGGCACAUCUACCGAGGAACUCCACGGCGGCAUUUACUCACCACCGGAUGGAGCACAUUCGUGAACCAUAAGAAACUUGUCGCCGGAGACUCCAUUGUUUUUCUUCGAGCUGAAAACGGUGAACUCUGUGUUGGAAUCCGACGAGCCAAGAGGGGAAUCGGCGGUGGACAGGAAAUCUCCUCCGGGUGGAAUCCGGCAGGCGGCAACUCUGUUGUUCCGUAUGGUGGAUACUCCCCGGUGAUGAGAAACGGAAACGGAAACGGAAACGGAAGUGGGAAUCCGUUUGGGAAGGUGAAAGUGGAAGCCGAUUGUGUAAUCCAAGCAGUAAAACAAGCAACCACCGGAAACCCAUUUGAGAUCGUCUUCUACCCAAGAGCAAGUACGCCGGAGUUUUGUGUAAAAGCUUCCCUCGUGAAGAACGCAAUGCAGAUCCGGUGGUCUCCGGGGAUGAGAUUCAAGAUGCCAUUUGAAACAGAAGAUUCUUCAAGAAUCAGUUGGUUUAUGGGAACAAUUUCUUCAAUCCAGGUUUCUGAUCCGAUUCGGUGGCCCGAUUCCCCAUGGAGACUUUUGCAGGUGACAUGGGAUGAGCCGGAUUUACUUCAAAAUGUGAAACGAGUGAAUCCAUGGCUGGUGGAAUUGGUAUCAACAAUGCCGGCAACCAUUCAUAUGUCACCAUUUUCACCACCAAGAAAGAAAUGUAGACCUACCCAACACCCGGAUUUUCCACUCGAUCCGCAAAUCCCGAUUCCCGCGCUUUGUGGGCCCCACUCGCACCUAUUUGGUGGGCCCACAACCGGCCCGUUCGGUUACCACCUCCCGGAUAAUUUGAACCCUCAUCAUCCUGCUAGCAUGCAGGGAGCCAGGCACACGCGUUAUGGUUUAUCUCUCUCAGAUAUCCAACUCAAUAACAAACUGAACUCGGGGUUUUUCCCAACCACGAAAUCGCUAAUCAACCCGUUUCCAAACAAACCUACUGGGCUCGGAUCUGGAUCCGAGCCCGUUUCGUGUCUGUUAACCAUCGGGAACUCGGUUUCAGGCUCGAAAGAGCCUGAAACCCCUAAAAAGUCUAGGUUUUUACUCUUUGGUCAGCCGAUUUUAACUGAGCAACAGAUCUCCCAAAGUGGGCCCAGGUCAGGGCCAGGGUCUAGCUCUGGCCUUUCGCCAGGACAAAAUCAGGAGAAUGACCUGAACAUGGAGACAGGUCAUUGCAAGGUUUUUAUGGAGUCAGAAGACGUGGGUCGAACGCUCGACCUCUCUUUGCUUGAUUCGUAUGAAGAAUUAUGUCAAAAAUUGGGUAAUAUGUUUAAAACCGGAAGCUCUAUAAUUAUGAACCGUGUUCAUUAUUGGGAUGUCAAAGGAACCCUAAAACAUAUAGGAGACGAACCAUUUGGUGAGUUUAUGAAGACAGCAAGAAGGCUAACGAUUGUAACGGAUUCAAGCAAUGGAAAUUAACCACGGUUAUAAUGAGUUGAUGGUUUUUUUUUUUUUCUUUUGGAAUUUUAAAGAAUGUAUAGUGAUUAAUUUCCUUUUUUUUAAGACAUAUGUUUUUGGUU